UUCAGUGUGCAGCGCGGCGGUUAUGGAAGGUUAGCUUGUGUGUGUUUAUGCGGCGCAAAUGUUUAUUUUUUAUUGCGAAUAAUAAUUAUUUACUGAUGCGGAAUAAACGUUUGCAGUUCGGACAGUUUACGCUCGAAUUUCAACGUCUCACUGCGUCAUGAUCACACAUUCUCACUAAGAUGUCCAGUUGCCACGGCAACAGCGGCAGCAUCACUGGGCUGCUGGGUGCGCUCUGCGACUGCAGCAUUUCCGGGUUAUCAUGGAAACGUCGCGCCUUGGGCACAGUAUCACGGGAGUCUGCGCGACGGAGCCUGCGCAGGCGUGCGUACGGCGCACUCCUUGCUGGACUCUUCCAGGACGGGUCACCUAAACCGCCUCCGAACGCCCUGGCGAACACACCCGCCCAUAAUAAAAUACUAAUGAUCUCGUUCGACCUGCGCGUGUCUGGCCGCAGCGAGGAAGCGGAGAGGUUAGAGGAGCUUUUGAAUCAGCUACGGGACGGGGCGGACUCUUCUGGACUCUCGGAACUUGAUUCCGUUCUGGAGCUCCUGGUGCAGCUGGCGGGGUCUGUGGCUCCGCCCCCUCUAUCUUUCAGUCGCGAUUACAUGCGCCGGGAGCGUCCCGUUCAGCGCAGACCCCCGCUGGGUGGGUACCUAAGCCAGGACAUGCAGCGCCUGGAGGAAAGGGCGUGGUCUUUGAUUUGUGGGGAGGAAUGGGGUGUGUUUGGGGGCAUUUGUAGGACCCUAAGCAUCAUGGACGCUCCACCGGGCACCGGGCUUCUCGGACUGGGACGCAGACCGGAUACCGAGGAGAGGUUUGAGAGAGACACCCGACUGUCACUGUUUGGUGCCCUACAGCACUCCAGGACAGCAGAUAUGGAUGUCCGACUGGACCUGCCGCCCGUUCCAAGCAACGCAGACCUUACUGGACUCAGUAUACGGGUUCCUCUGUGUCUGGAUCAGUCUGAUGAUGAAGGCUUCCAGUCUGCCUCUAAUCUAACUCCAGAUUCCCAAUCCGAGGCAAGUCCCAGUCCUGAGAUCGACGUGUGGGAGGCCCUGCGGACGUUCGUGCCCGGCAGACGACGCUGUUGGGAGAACAUUGGCUGCCCACCAGGUCAGAAGGAACCCCCGUACCUGACAGAGGCUGGCAGAGAGGCGUUUGAUCAGCUGUACCGACUGUGGGAGGGAGAAAUGAGGAACAUUCUGUCCACACAGACACCGUCCCCGCUCCUGCCGCUGCCGCUGGACUGUCAGAGUCAGCUGGUCAAAGACGUGCUCAACGUGCUGAUUGGGGUCUCCUCUGCCACGUUUCCACUCAACGAGGCUAGUGUGCAGUUUGAUGUCCGUCCGGAUAUAUGUGUGUCCGGGACGUCCCCUGAGAGUGUGUCCCGGCUGCUGAGUGAGCUUGCGCAGUACGGUACACAUUACCUGCGUCUCAGCCGAUUCUCCUUGAGCAGUGCAAGUCAGAAGGGACUUGUCUUCCAGGCCUUCACAGGUGGGCUGCGACGUUACCUGCAUUACUACAGAGCAUGUGUGCUGAGCACGCCAGCCUCUCUCAGUCUCCUAACUAUCGCUUGUCAUUUCCGCAAAUUGGGGCGCCAGCUCAGGUAUCUGUCAGAGCUGUGUUGUGUGGAUGGAAUCGGAGGUGUGGGACGAGCUACGUUCCCCGUGGGUGUAAAGCUGCUGUCGUGUCUGUAUAAUGAAGCUCAGAGUAACUGCAGUAAUGAGAAUCAUCCGGUGCUGCUGUCGCUGCUGAAGAGCAGCUGUGAGCCGUACACACGGUUUGUUUCAGACUGGGUGUACAGUGGCGUCUUCCGUGAUGUGUAUAAAGAGUUUAUGAUCGAGGUCAAUGAGGAUUAUCUGAGCUACAGAGAUAAGAACUUUUGGACGCAGGGCUACACUCUUAUUUCGCGGGAUGCAGAGGACUGUGUGCCGGUGUUCCUCAAACAUAUUGCCAAUGAUGUCUACGUAUGUGGGAAAACCAUCAACCUGCUGAAAAUCUGCUGCCCACAGCACUACAUCUUCUGGUCGGAUGUCCCGGUGCCCAGGAUCGCUGUGACAUUUUCCCUGCAGGAAGUAGAGGAGAUCGAGAGAGACUGCGCCGUGUAUCGAGGGAGAAUGGAGACUAUUGCUAGGCACAGCGCCAUCAGCAGGGAAGAGCAGGCCAUGCGGACUGAACAGGCCCGACAGGAGCUCAUUAACCAGGUCAGAGUGUCAGCGGCCAAGACCCUGGAGAGAAUCAGAGGUCGCCAGGUGUCGCAGCGUCUGGCGGAGGAGGCCCAGAAGAGAGAGCGAUUCGAAGAGCUGAAACAGCAGCUGGAGCUCGACCAGGAGUGGCGUAGUGCUGCGAGACGGAAGGAGCAGGAAGAUGAUUUCAGCUACACUCGAGAGCUUCGAGACCGAGAGCAGAGACUGCAGGCCCUCGAGGAGCAGCUGGAGCGCCGGGCACGGAUGGAUCUGAUCGCUCAGUACAGUCAGUUAUCAGAAGCCGCUGCCAGACGAGAGCUCAGAGCCAUGUGGAAGGUGCAGAGGAUGAAACUUGACGAGCGCAGAGUGAACUUCCUGCAGCGAGAACAACAGAAUGUACAGGCUCUUCUGGAGAAGUUUCCUUUAGGUCAGGAAGGCCCCCCUCCAGAAACAUCCCAACUCUUGCAACUGCACACUAAGCUGUCUAAGCAGGAGAAUCUACAAGAACAGCAAAUAUCAGAUCCUCCUCUUCCAGAAUCCUCUGCUCCUCCCAGUGGUGAAGCUCAAGUACUUGUAUCAGAGGAAAUCAACAUCGCUGACUUCCUCCCAAAGCCUACAUGCAUCCCUGAUAGUGGUGCCAUGACCCAGGCCCUCCACGACAUUGGCUCAGACCUCCUGCAAUCCCCUCAGAUACCCCAGCCACAGCAGGAACACCCAGCGACCUCUCAAAUAUGCAUCAGUGAAAAUGUUUCGGAAUUCCUGGAGUCUGUCCCCAUACCAAAUAAAUAUGGACAGGCGUCCAAGUCCAGCUUCCCACUGGGUCAGUUCACUCCAGAGGUGCCAGGAGGUCAGCCGAAGGCUAGUGUUUAUGGACACCCUUCACAGAGCUCCGUGCAGCUGGGGGACUCCACCGCCUCAGGGCAGAACAAGGGCCCGAUCCGCUCUGAGUCAAACACCCCUGCACAAACCACUCCAGAGCGAACAUGUGAGGCAGAGAGCGAUAGCCAGAGUAUAGAAAAACAGCCGACUGGAAAAGAGACAGGAACAGAGCCCUCGGCGGCCAGCUCAGGUUCAGAGCCAAAGCAAGCCGCCCAGGAGCCAACAGAGGAAGCCAAGUCCUGUGAGAGUGUCAGCCAGCCCUCUCACUGUUCUCAGCCAGAGGAAGAACAAUCUGUGUCUCUUCUCAGAGGCUUCCGUGAGUCAGAGUCCGAUUCAGAUGCGAGAAAUAACAGCCGUGAUCCUGAUCCAGCACUGAUCUCAUCUUUGCACUCGUCUGUUGGCUGUGGCCACACCUCUAAUGCCCAUAUAAGGGUUUAUAAACAUGUUGCCACGCCUAACAUCCAUGGCCACGCCUCUGAUGCCCAUAUAAGGGUUGGCGAACAUGUUUCUGAAGUGACCACUCCCAUCCCCACGCCUAACAUCCAUGGCCACGCCUCUGAUGCCCAUAUAAGGGUUGGCGAACAUGUUUCUGAAGUGACCGCUCCCUUCCCUACGCCUAACAUCCAUGGCCACGCCUCUGACGCCCAUAUAAGGGUUGGCGAACAUGUCUCAGAGGUGACCGCUCCCCUUCACACGCCUAACAUCCAUGGCCACGCCUCUGACGCCCAUAUAAGGGUAGGCGAACAUGUCUCCGAGGUGACCGUUCCCAUUCCCACACCUAACAUCCAUGGCCACGCCUCUGAUGCCCAUAUAAGGGUUGGCGAACAUGUUUCUGAGGUGACUGCUUCCAUCCCCACCGCUAAUAUUCAUGGCCACGCCUCUGAUGCCCAUAUAAGGGUUGGCGAACAUGUUUCUGAGGUGACUGCUUCCAUCCCCACCGCUAAUAUUCAUGGCCACGCCUCUGAUGCCCAUAUAAAGGUGGGUGAGUUUGUGUCGGAUGUUGCCUCCUCUCGUCCACGUUGGAGCAAAUAUGGUCACUCCUCUGACAGCACACUUAAAGUGGGUUGUGUGAUUACUGAUGCCGCCCCAUCGGCCACUCCUCUACCUGGUAGCGCUUUCGGUCAUGCGUCUGACUCCACACUAACAGUCGGGUGUGUUGUCUCAGGCGUUGAUCGUCAACCCUCUCCGUUACCCGGAAGUGAGUAUGGACAUUCCUCACAGUCCACCUUGGGUAGUGGGUGUGUGGUUAGUGAGACGGAGAGCACUCGACCCAGCUGUCUUUACAGCGGUGCCUACGGGCAUUCGUCAGAUUCUGCUCUUGGCAUGGGUUGUGUGGUUGGCGGGGUGGUACCAGGGAGUAUGUACGGUGACAGAGAAGAGGCAGAGAAACGAGCCGACAUGGACAUCCAGGCAGCGCCCCCUAGUGAGCUGUUCUCCCUGGAUGAGGGACUGUCUGCCUGGGCUCUGGGACUGGGAUUGUCUCCUAAAGAGAGUCCAGAGGAUCGUUAUCUUCUCAGCCUGGCCUCACAGUACCAAGUGGAGCAGUACCAGGACUCGUACGGUCUGAUGAGUGCCGCUCCAGACUCUGAGCCGCUGCUGCAGGUGACUCGGGGUCCGAAUGGCCUUCCUGUCGACCCGUCCCUGCACCGGGCCACCGACGCAACUGCUGUUCAGCAGAGCGAGAUGAUGCCACUUCCUGUUCUCAUGAAACACUCGGUUACAACACCACUCAUUACACAUGUGUCUAUGGUAAAUAAGGCCGUGGUGGAUUAUUUCUUCGUGGAGUUGGGUGUGGAGAAGCACUUUGAGACUCUCAGGCAUUUCCUGUUGAUGGAGGAUGGAGAGUUUGCCCUCUCUCUCAGCGACCAGCUCUUCGAGAAGCUGGGCAGUGGUCAGACGCCCGGUGAGCUGCUGACCCCGUUGGUGUUGAACUCCAUCCUCAAUAAGGCCUUACAGUACAGCGUUCACGGCGACAGCGAGUUGGCGGCCCACUUCACGUUUGCGCUGCGAUACCUCCCUGAGAUCUUCCAUCCUCACGCGCCGGACUCGCUGAACUGUCUCGAACUCCGCUACAAGGUGGAUUGGCCGGUGAAUAUCGUCAUCACAGACAGCUGUCUGAACAAAUACAACAGACUCUUCUCUUUCCUGCUGCAGCUCAAACACAUGGUGUGGUCCCUAAGAGACGUCUGGUUUCACCUCAAGAGGACGGCACUGGUAAAAGGUGCCGGUCGCUCCGCUCAGUUCCAUCAGCUGCAGCUCUACAGACACGAGAUGCAGCACUUCGUGAAGGUGAUCCAGGGCUACAUCGCUAACCAGAUCCUUCAGGUGUCGUGGAGCGAGUUCACACACAAACUGAGCAGCGCCAACGACCUGGACGCCAUUCACCGUACGCACGCCGAAUACCUCAACAGAGCCAUCUUUAGAGGUUUACUGACAGAGAAAGCUGCCCCCGUCAUGAACAUCAUCCACAGCAUCUUCAGUCUGAUCCUGAAGUUCCGCGGGCAGCUGAUCGCGCAGCCGUGGGAGCUUCAGCAGGGGGAGCCGGUGCAUCCCAGUUUCAUCGCCAUGCAGCAGUCCUACAACACCUUCAAGUACUACUCCCGCUUCCUGUUCAAAGUGGUGACCAAAUUGGUGGACAAAGGCUAUCAGCCCCAUCUGGAGGACUUCCUGUUGCGGAUCAACCUCAAUAACUACUACAAAGACUCUUGAUUGUCGUGUGUGUGAAUGUGAGCCCUCCGGACCUGCUUCAGUAUUGGUGUUAGUAUGUAUAUAACCAAAUCCAACAACCACAGUCACCUGUAAAUGUUUUUGACUGACAAACACAAAUCCAUCUUGCUCAGUAUUGAUCCUGUUCAGCAUUUCCUGUUAUGUGUGCCACAGAGGCUAAACUAUGUGAUGUGUAAAAUAAACUAUUUAAUUUUCA